AUGUUUCACUCGUCGAAGCCAUAUUCGGCUGUCACCGUGCAGAUUGAAGUCCUCACCAGUGAACAGUAUGAGGUUGAUGACUCCAGUGGAAUCGUUGAUCUCAUAGAAGCCGUAACCAUCCAGAGCAGUGGCCCGACCGAAGCAAGUCGCGCUCUGCGCAAGAAGCUUAAAUAUGGAAACCUCCAUCGCCAAUUACGAGCCCUCACGAUCCUAGACUUCCUGAUCCAAAACGCCGGUGACCGAUUUCUACGUGAGUUCGCAGAUGAGCCGCUUCUCGAGCGUUUACGGAUCGCCGCGACAGAUUCUGUUUCCGAUCCUAUGGUCAAACAAAAAUGCAAGCAACUGUUUGGACAAUGGGCAGUGACCUACAAAGAUACACCGGGUAUGGGAGGUAUUACCGGCCUCUACAGACAAUUACCAAAGCGCAAGCAACCGGCCAACCAGGCCAAGGCAAAGGUUCUACGGGAGACUGGCACUUCCGAGGAGCCUCCCAUGGGCCAUACGGUGUCUAUUUCAGCUGGUAAUGGGCCAUCCACAAUUCUCAGUGGCCCCAAGCAUAAACAUUCGUCUAGCAAGUCCCUCAAAAAAGAUAAGAAGGACAAGAAGGAGAAGAGGUUUCGCGCACCGUUCAUUUUGGAAAAGGAGAAGCCGGAAAUUUUGCAAACUCUAGCCUCUUCAUCCGUUGCCAGCACCAACCUCCUGAACGCCCUCAAAUUGGUGAACCGAGAAACACACCGCGUGAGUGAAGAUGUGGAAGUCCUCAAUCGGUUCGAAACCUGCAAACAACUCAGACGUCAGAUCCUUCGGUACAUCCAAAAUGUGGAGAGUGAGGAGUUCCUCGGAAGCCUUAUCCACGCCAACGAGGAACUUGUUACUGCGCUUAUGGCGUUCGAGGUCCUGGACAAAAGCGUGGAUUAUGAUAGCGACAGCGACCAAGAUGUGCUUGAGACAGGAUGGACCCCUGACCGUGACGAUGUCAACGAGUCCUUUGCAGGACUUGUCAUCAACCCACCCAAACCUCCUCGGCCUCGACGGCCGACAAGCAUAAGCGUCCCAUCUUCAUCUUCACAACCACAGCGACGGGUCUAUAGCAGUGAGAGCGAGUCCGAAACAGACGAAGAUGACGAUGACGAGAACAAUCCGUUCGGAGAUCGAAAUGCCAUCCGUACUCCUGGCAUUGACAAAUUCCAACCCACAUGGAGAGAAAUUUAA